CUUAAAACCCACGUAAAUUAGCAAUUUCACAAGUUUUGCGGAAAUUCGGGAGUAGCGAUCAUCUUUUUCAUACACGAAUCUAGAAAAGAUGGAAGCUUCAACGAGUGAUGAAUACGAUGAUUUUGCGAAAACACUUGAAGAGGAGCUGAUGAUGUUGGACGAGGAGGAUCACGGUGCAUACUUGGAUGACGAAGGAAGUCAGGAUAUGCAUAACGAAUGUUCGGGUUCUGGUGGGGUUGAGUUAGGUCACUCGGAUAGCUCCUUUGAUGGCUCGGAUUGUGAUGAUGUUGAAUCUAAAUUCCCCAAUUACUUGUUUACCAAGAGGAAGAAGUUGACAUCUCAUUGGAGAGCAUUUAUCCACCCUCUUAUGUGGCGUUGCAAAUGGGUCGAGUUGCAAAUCAAGAAGCUGGAUGCACAAUCCCGAGCAUAUGCCCACAACAAGGAUCCAGGUGAUCAGGCUCUGUGGCGGAAGAGAAGACGGAGAAGUGAAGCAACAAACAAUGUAGAAGCCUAUAUGUCGCGCCACAACCUUUUCUCUUACUAUGAACAUAAGAAGCAUAACCAACAGAUUUCUCACAAUGUGGUGAAGAAUUCUGGUACGUGUGAAGAAGGCAAGAGCGAUAGUGAGUUGGGGAACGACGAGGCUAGAGAUUGUAAUAAGGACCAUGAAGACAUUCUUGAAAGGCUUGAAGGUCUGCAAAGGCGAGUACAUAAUCUGAGGAGUCUAGUUGAAGAGGAAAAGGAAGACUAUUUUAGGUCAGUUAUUUGGCCGGAUGCUACAUUGGACUUGCCUUUGCCUCCGAAGCCAAAAUCAACGUACCACCGGAUGCCAGUGGGGACUCACCUAGCAUCUCAGCUUCUAGCAGAGUAUAACUUGGGUGGCGUGCUUAUACCCGAGAGCACCCUCCCAGGUCCUCUGCCAAAACAAACAAGGCAUCAUCCUCCUUCUACUACACAUGCUUAUCAAAAUGAAGACGAAGAUGAUGAUGAUGAUGUUUUGAUUGACAAUCAAUGGGUGAGAGAUGAGCUGCCUUAUUUUGAGAAAGGGAUCAUGGUGGUGAAUAAUGAGGCCUUGGCUAGCAAAAGUCACGCAGAGCCACCUCAGUCGCGACCACAAGAUCGUUCAACUACCAAGGAUACUAAGACUAAUACGCGGUGCAAGAACAAGACAUGGAAAUGAUCUUGAUCAUCAUGAGUCCCAAGUUGCAGAGAGUAGAGAGAUUUUCUUGGCAUGAUGGAUCCCUUUAUGUGUGGUGUACGUGGUACACAUAAUUGGGGUACUUUUGAUCUGUUAAGUUCAAACGGACUGCCGGACCGGAGGUGGAGAGGCACUGCUGCAUUGCAUCACGGGCGUAGCCUGCGACGU